AGAGAGAGAGAGAGGUGGGACUCCCUGUCUGUUUGGUUGCCCUGGGAGAGGUUUUAGCCAUCCUGCUGGUGAGCUCUGGACACGACUGCGCCUAAAGAGAGAGAGAGAGAGAGAGAGAGAGAGAGAGAGAGAGAGAGAGAGAGAGAGAGAGAGAGAGAGAGAGGAGGAGUAUCGUUCAUCCAGUCAACCUGUUGCAGAACGGACGACGAUGGAGGGAACACGGCAUUCUGGGAAUGUUUGAAGGCGCAUUUCGAAGGAAAAUCAUCGACUGCGCGUCAACAGAGCUGCCGGGAUCGACUGCGUAAAAACGGUGCCAAAGGAGGUUCAGCGGUUUUUAGGGUUUUUAUUGGGGGGUAAUUCUUGGAGGCUCCGCCCUCCCACCUGUAAACUACCCCAGCUGGGGGCGGAAAUAGGUUCCUCGCGUUGUCACAGGGGUACAAGGGGGCACGAUUAGGGGGAUAGAAGAGACAAAAAAGGGGUAGAAGAGGUAAAACGAAGGAAACAGCGCUGUGCGCAAACGCUGAAAGCUGAAGGCGCGUCACCGACACAACGAGCGAGAGCGCGCAGAGAGAGAGAGAGAGAGAGAGAGAGAGAGAGAGAGACAUCACCGCUGGGUCGUUCGUCCUGGACACACACAUAAACUCUCAGAGGAGACAGAAAAAUGACCAUCCUGGCGCUCAGCUGACCGAAGCACGAGAGAGAGAGAGAGAUAGAGAGAGACCUGUAUAGACAGCACUGCUGGGUCAUUUUUCUCCCAAACGUCACCUCCCUCGCUGGAACAAGCUGGACUAAAUGACCAUGGUCCUGUAGGCUGGCACUGCCCACCGCUGCCCAGUGCACCCGCUACACCGUCACCGUCAGUGUCCAGGAGGGCUGCUGGGUAAAAACAUGGCCGAGCCCGGGUCAGUUGGACCUACCAGGACACCCCGAAGCGCCAGCUGAACUGACCAUGGAGCGUAAACCUGUGGCCACCAAGCCGUGAUGACCAACCUGGUGUCCAGCGAGGUGUCCAGAGGUCCAGCCAGGAUGAGCGUGGUCAUCCCUUACUCCCCGGACAUGCCGUGUGACAGCAACGAUCAGCGCAUGUGGUGGGCUUUCCUGGCCUCCUCCAUGGUCACUUUCUUCGGCGGGCUCUUCAUCAUCCUCCUGUGGAGGACCCUCAAGUACCUGUGGACCGUCUGCUGCCACUGCAGCGUCAAAAAGAAGGACGUUCAGAGGGUCAGUAACCCCAGUGGAGUCGGAGAUGGAGGGGGUAAAGUUGGAGAUAAAAAGGAGGCGGCUGCAGCGGUCAGCGAGGUCGGCUGGAUGACCUCAGUCAAGGACUGGGCCGGGGUCAUGAUCUCUGCGCAGACGCUGACCGGACGAGUGCUGGUGGUGCUGGUGUUCGCUCUCAGCAUCGGAGCCCUCGUCAUUUACUUCAUCGACUCUUCUGAUCCUAUAGAAUCUUGUCAGAAUUUCGACAAGGACAUCACGUUGCAGAUCGACAUGGCGUUCAAUGUGUUCUUCCUGCUCUACUUCGGUCUGCGAUUCAUUGCAGCUAAUGACAAGCUGUGGUUCUGGCUGGAGGUGAAUUCGGUGGUGGAUUUCUUCACUGUGCCACCAGUGUUCGUGUCGGUGUAUCUGAACCGGAGUUGGCUCGGGCUGAGGUUUUUGAGAGCCUUAAGAUUGAUACAGUUCUCAGAAAUAUUGCAGUUUUUAAAUAUCUUAAAGACAAGCAAUUCAAUAAAGCUGGUGAACUUGUGCUCAAUCUUCAUAAGCACAUGGCUAACUGCCGCAGGCUUCAUACACUUGGUGGAAAACUCAGGGGAUCCUUGGGAAAACUUCCAAAAUUCCCAGCCACUUUCCUACUGGGAAUGUGUGUACUUACUCAUGGUAACCAUGUCCACGGUGGGCUACGGAGACGUUUGUGCUAAAACGACGCUCGGCCGCCUUUUCAUGGUCUUCUUCAUCCUCGGUGGAUUGGCCAUGUUUGCCAGCUACGUCCCUGAAAUCAUAGAAUUAAUAGGAAACCGCAAGAAAUAUGGUGGUUCCUAUAGUGCGGUAAAUGGGAGAAAGCAUAUUGUGGUGUGUGGUCACAUCACUCUGGAAAGUGUUUCCAACUUCCUCAAAGACUUCCUUCACAAGGACAGGGAUGAUGUCAAUGUAGAAAUUGUUUUUCUCCAUAAUAUUUCCCCUAAUCUUGAGCUGGAAGCCUUAUUCAAGCGCCACUUCACUCAGGUGGAAUUCUACCAGGGAUCCGUCCUAAAUCCCCAUGACCUAGCAAGAGUCAAGAUUGAAUCAGCAGAUGCCUGUUUGAUUCUAGCCAAUAAAUAUUGUGCAGACCCUGAUGCAGAAGAUGCGUCAAAUAUCAUGAGAGUGAUUUCUAUCAAGAACUACCAUCCAAAGAUCCGAAUCAUCACGCAGAUGCUCCAGUAUCACAACAAGGCUCACCUGCUGAACAUCCCAAGCUGGAACUGGAAGGAGGGUGAUGAUGCAAUCUGCCUGGCCGAGCUGAAGCUAGGCUUCAUCGCCCAAAGCUGCUUGGCCCAGGGCCUGUCCACCAUGCUGGCCAACCUCUUCUCCAUGAGGUCAUUCAUUAAGAUUGAGGAGGACACGUGGCAGAAGUAUUACCUGGAAGGAGUAGCCAAUGAAAUGUACACAGAGUAUCUGUCCAGUGCCUUUGUGGGUUUAUCUUUCCCUGUGGUUUGUGAACUCUGCUAUGUGAAGCUGAAGCUCCUGUUGAUCGCCAUUGAGUAUAAGUCUGAUCAGAGAGAGAGCAGUACGCUGAUUAAUCCAGGGAAUCAUGUGAAGAUGCAGGAGGGAACACUGGGCUUCUUCAUCGCCAGUGAUGCCAAAGAAGUGAAGAGGGCCCUUUACUACUGUAAAGCCUGCCACGAUGACAUCACAGAUCCAAAAAGGAUAAAGAAGUGCGGAUGCAAACGCACUAAGAAGGCCGGCAGGCGCCGAAUGCGUCUGGCAUGUUGCUUAGAUUGCGGACAGGCUGAACGAGGCUGCUUGUGCAUGUCCCACAGUGAUCGUAGUAACAGGGAGACUCCACCACCUCGUGCCUUUCCUCUCUCUCCCACCUCUCUUAGUGAUAAAACGGCCACUUUACGCUCCUCUAAAAGUAACUAUAACGGAUAUAUCAAAUCAAUUGAAGAGGUGCACCAGUCCACUCUGUCCCCGAAGAAAAAACAACGCAAUGGAGGAAUGAGGACUUCACCCAACUGCUCCCCAAAAACAAUGAGGCACGACCCCCUCUUGAUCCCCAGCCAUGAUCAGAUGGAAACGAUGGAUGAGAAUGUGAAGAAGUACGACUCCACAGGAAUGUUCCACUGGUGUCCCUCUAAAGACAUCGAGAAGGUCAUACUGACUCGUAGUGAAGCAGCGAUGACCGUGCUGAGUGGUCAUGUGGUGGUGUGUAUAUUUGGGGACGUGAAGUCGGCCGUUGUUGGUCUGAGGAACCUGGUGAUGCCUCUGAGGGCCAGCAACUUCCACUACCACGAGCUGAAGCCCAUCGUAUUCGUGGGCUCUUUGGAGUAUCUGAAGAGGGAGUGGGAGACGCUCCACAACUUCCCCAAAGUCUCCAUACUGCCUGGCAGUCCUCUGAGCAGAGCAGAUCUGAGGGCCGUCAACAUCAACCUGUGUGACAUGUGUGUGAUCCUGUCGGCCAAUCAGAACAACAUAGACGACGCGUCUCUGCAGGAUAAAGAGUGCAUACUGGCCUCCCUCAACAUCAAAUCCAUGCUUUUUGACGACAGCAUAGGCCUCCUUCAGGCCAACUCACAGGGCUUUACUCCUCCUGGAAUGGAUCGAUCGUCUCCUGAGAACAGUCCUGUUCAUGGCCUGGUCCGGCAGACCUCCGUCACGACAGGAGCAAACAUCCCUAUCAUCACAGAGCUCGCUAAAUCAGACAGGCUGCUGAACGCAGUGUGUGUGAGGCAAGACAAGAGCAGCGGGACGAACAUCCCUAUGAUCACUGAGCUGGUGAAUGAUUCCAAUGUCCAGUUUCUGGAUCAAGAUGAUGAUGAUGAUCCAGACACAGAGCUGUACCUCACCCAGCCUUUCGCCUGCGGAACUGCCUUCGCUGUCAGCGUGCUCGACUCUCUCAUGAGUGCGACUUACUUUAACGAUAAUAUUCUCACGUUAAUCCGGACGCUGGUUACGGGAGGAGCCACCCCAGAGUUGGAGGGUUUAUUAGCAGAAGAAAAUGCUUUACGUGGCGGCUACAGCACCCCCCAGACGCUGGCCAACAGAGACAGAUGCCGUGUGGCACAGUUGGCUCUCUACGAUGGGCCAUUUGCUGACCUUGGGGACGGUGGCUGCUAUGGCGAUUUAUUCUGUAAGGCGUUAAAAACAUACAACAUGCUGUGCUUCGGGAUAUACCGGUUAAGAGAUGCUCACCUGAGCUCGCCGAGCCAGUGCACCAAGCGGUACGUCAUCACCAACCCUCCCUAUGACUUUGAGCUGGUGCCCACAGACCUGAUCUUCUGUCUGAUGCAGUUUGACCACAACGCUGGUCAGUCUCGGGCCACUCUCUCCCACUCGUCCCACUCCUCUCACUCCUCCAGUAAGAAAAGCUCGUCUGUCCAUUCGGUCAGCACCAGCACCCGCGCCGGCCGCAGCAAGAGCCGAGAGCCGCGAGACAAGCAGAAGUACGUUCCACUGUAACGCCCUGAAGACCUGUCACUAUUCCUGUACCUCUCUCUAUCGUCUCUCUCUCUCUGUAUAUCUCUCUCUUUUCUCUUCUGUCUUCCUCUCUGUCUCUUUCUUUUUCUGUUUCUCUUCUCUUUCUCUCUCUCUAGCUGGGUUUCCAUUUAAAUGUUUUGCAAAUGAUAUGCGCAUUUAUAAAAUUUCGGCAGAAAAAAUGCGAAUUAAAUCAUGUUUGCAUCCACUACAGUUUCGCAAAGAAACUUCAGAUGACGCAGGCUAACAUGAUUAGGGGCUGCACUCUGCAAUGUCCUGCAGGUUUCUCAAACACUAGAGGGCACUCCUGAGUAAGUCCAAAAUGAAUGGGUUAAUGUGGAGCUUUUGAGCAAAAUCAUAUUUUUUAUAAAUUUAUAAAAGCUGAAACAUUUUUAAUGUAAAAGAAUUCAUUCAUUUCCUGAACACAGAACAGCAUAAAACAUUUUAACACUGCUGUUAUAUUUCUAAGAGCUUUUAAACUCGAGUUAUAGGAGUUUAAAACAGCGCCUCAUGUGCGUUCAUGACGUCAGUGAGAGCAAACAGCCAAUGAGCUGCUUCGCUCGCCAACCAAUCAGCACUCAGUAGCAGUAAUGUUAGCGUCCUGCUGCCCAAAACCCGUUUGCUGUAGAAAAAAAUGAAACAUACAGGUGAGUUUUCUUUGUUUUUUUUUAGUGAAACUAAACUUUUAGUGAUUAGAAACUAUUUUUUCGUUUUUAGCCGUUUAGCUCCAUUUACUCCCAUUCAUUGAGGACUCACUCACGGCGCCCUCUGCUGUUUUGCAGUCCUGUUUUUGAUAUAACAGGGGAAACAGGAAGAGGCCAGACUCCUUAUAAACCAGCUCUGGUUUAACUCAGUUUUAAGUAGAAUUAUCUUUACAGCCAUUUGCCAUCUUUUUAUAGCCAUGUUUGCAGCUCAGGGAUGCCGGGCAGGACAAACAGUGGCCACCUAAUGAGGGCCAAAAUCUCUUUGCCACCUCGAUGAUGUCCACCUUGCAUCCAGGAAUCCGAACACACCAGACAAUUCUGGGAGAACUUAGUACCGACCCAUUCAGACGAGCUUUGGACUAGGCAUUUCAGAAUGUUGAAAACGUGUCAUGUGACUUAUGACUUGUUUAUUCAAAAAACACUCUUCCGUCACCUUUUUCGCAUUUUGGCUUUAGUGAUAUUCUAACUUUUCCAUCUCAUCCUAGCGUAAAAACCUUUUGCACAAUUCAAAGAUUUUUGAAUUUCAGGCUUUUUUUGUGCAUUUUCAAAAUUUGCAAAAAAUUUGGUGGAUGAAAAACCCACUUCUGUCUCCCUCUCUCACUCUCUUCUCUGUCUCUCUCUUCUCUGUUUUUGUGUCUAUCUCUCUGUUCUCUCUUACUCUCUCUCUGUCUUUGUCUCUUUCUGUCUCUCUCUCUCUCAUCUCUCCUUCUCUGUCUCUCUCUGUCUUUGUCUCUUUCUGUCUCUCUCUGUCUCUCUCUCUCUCUCUCUCUCUCUCUCUCUCUCUCUCUCUGUGCCUGUGUGAUGCGUCUGGCCUCGUGCUGCUGCUGGCUGUGUCUGUGAGCCGUGCGGUCAGUCUGCACGCUCUCCUGCAGCCGUGUGCCAUUUGCAUGUGACCUCAGAAUGUCGCAGCGUCUCCGUCGCCGUCUGACGUGACUCAUAACAGCGAACUUGAAACUCAGUCCGAUUCAGCCAUACACGCUUCACGCGUCCUCGGAAACACAUCGUCACGCCCGCCCUCACGGCUCUGCCUGUCAAAACUCUUCUGUUUGUCUUCAGCCGCAGUUUACGUUUUAAAGAAAAGUGGUAUUUUACUUUCUUCAUUGGCGAUGUCUUACCUGGUUUACCUGGAGUCUGUUUGGGGUCCCGUAGAAACGGAGAUGAGAUUUUUGCACUGAAACUGCACUUUAAGCACAAAGCAUUACACCUGUCAUCACGCCAUCAUAUGUGUUUGUUACAUCAUACAUUAAUUGCCUUUUUUCUGUUCUGGGCAAUAGCCUCAUUCCUCCUUCUGUGGCUCUUUUCUUCCUGCAUGGCAAAUAAAACGGGGUUAGAUAAACAACUACACUGGCUAUAAGGUUAAUCCACACCUCUCAUACGAAAGAUCACAGAUUUCUAUGGUAAAAGUCAAGCAAAAGCGUUUCAGUAAUUCAUGGUCCAGAUGUUUUUUUAGUUUGUUUUUUUUUAACGUUUCUAAAUUGCUGCAUUAAUGUUGCAUUUAAUUGAGCUGAAAUUUAAACUGAGUAUAAAUAAAAAUCUUAGAAUAACGUAGCGUCCCAAUAGGAUUCUAGUAGUUUGUUAGCACUAAACUUUCGAAUGUUCCAUUCUACCUAAAACGGAGAAUGCAAAAAAUAGUCUUGUCAAGUGGAAUGAUCUUAAAUCUAGUCACUAUAUCUAAAAUUCUCCAUUUUGAGAUGGUUGUGCACUGAUUAGAAGGUUAUUUAGCUCAUUUCUAGAUAUUAUUUACUUGUUUAGGUACUUUCAUUAAGUAAAAUUCUCUCACUAUACUGGCAGAUUAUUUUGUUGGUUUCACACACAUUUCCUAAAACAAACACAAUUAUCUGCCAGUGUAGUGAGAUUAACGUAACAAAAUCACUUAAAACCAGCAAAAUGUCUAGAAAUAAGGAAAAUAAUCUAAAAUUAAGCUCACAACUUUUCACAAGAGGGGAAUUAUUAGAUUUAUUGACUUUAUUUAAGAUAAUUUUACUUGACAAGAUACCAUUUUUGCCGUGGGGCAGCAGUUACAUUCUGGUGCAUUUAGGUCAAUCUAAUAAGUCAGGACUUCUCUUCAGCUCCUAAAGUCCUAACCAAUAGGAGUGAUCGCUUAGCCAUAUCUAUCUAGAUAUACAAUGGGGAAAAACAACUCCUGAUUGGCCAGUUUUCCACUGGAUGCUUCAAGAAUUUAACCUUUUUUCCAUCCUGUGCUUAACAACGAAAGAGUAGUAUUGUAAUACUUAAUAAAAAUAAUAAGAAUAUAAAAAAGCCUAAAUCGUUAGGCGUUCUCUAAAGGCCUAUAAGGCCCUGAGGGUUCUCCUCUAUACAGGGCCUUAUAGGCAUAUACAGCAUGAGUAUUGAAUAACUUUAGAACUAAAAAUCCAUGUUCCAGGCAUUUUUGACAGGUUAUGUUCUCAAAAGAGAAUAAUCCCUACCUAUUUUCUUAAACCUAAUCCCACCCCAGUAUUACUUCAGUGUUAUAUUUAUACCCAGUUUAAAUUUCAGCUCAGUCCUGUCCGAUAUCAGCAUUCACUGAGCAACUGAACACGAUAAUUAUUUUUAUGGGCAAACUUAAAAAAUUCAUAACUGAAAAAAACAUUUGGAGAACGCUUUUGAAAUUUUGCAUUGUCGCAUAAAUUAAAUAGAUGUUUUAGCUUGAAUUUUUUCCUGGAAAUCCGUGACUGACU